AUGCCUCCCCUUGACCGAAAUAGCUACAUUAACCGAAAGCAGGUAGCAACAGUACUUUUACAAGGCAUUUGUGAUUCAGAAUAUAAGUUCAUUAAUAUAUUUUCUGGUUGGCCAGGAUCUGCACACGAUGCACAUGUUUUUAAAAAUAGCCCAGUCGGUGAACAACUUAUUUCAAACUCAUUAAAUCUCUUUCCUAGAGAUAUGCACAUCCUUGGUGAUUGUGCAUAUCCUCUAUUGUAUUGUCUAAUGACACCCUGUAGGGAUAAUGGUCAUUUAACUAGAGAACAAAGGUACUUCAAUUAUAAACUAAGCUCUAGUCGGAUAGUGAUGGAACAAAGUUUUGGAAAAUUAUUUGGGAGAUUUCGUCGAAUUAGAUUUCUUGAUGUCUAUGACAAGACUAAGUGUGCCAAAUUUAUUACAACAUGUGUAUGUCUACAUAAUAUUUGUAUGGAUAGAUCAGAUGAAUGGAGCAAUCAUGAAGCCUACACAUCUAAUUCAAUAUCAAAUGACAAAGACACAUGUUCAGAUGUUAUAAAUAAUAAAAAUUCUGGCAAAAUCAAAAGAGAUGCAAUAUGUCAAUAUUUUGAUAACUUUAUAUUUUAA